AUGCACGCGCCUGGGAACGGACCGGUCUUUGCAGUUUAUUAUUCAGCUCUUGCAGCGUUCGGUGUCCCAGCGAACGCGUUGACCAUUGUGAUCCUGGCGCAAGGAAGAUGUGGCCUUGCCAAGUGUAUCACCCGCUACCUCGUGUUCAUGGCGGUGGCGGAUCUCCUCGUCAUUAUCACCGCAGUGAUACUGAGUCGGCUACGUGCUAUUUAUUUCCCUGUCAGUUUUUUGUCCACCAUUCCCGCUUGCAAACUUAUUAUUCUCCUCAGCUGGGCAUCCAAGGACACGUCUGUUUGGUUGACCGUCGCCUUCACCUUCGAUCGAUUCAUCGCCAUUUGCUGUCACCGACGCAAGCUCAGAUAUUGCACGGAGAAAAACGCGGCUGCCGUUAUUGGAGCUGUCUGUGCGGCGGGUUGUUUAAAAAACGUCCCUUCUUACUUUAUAUACGUGCCAGUGUACAUAGUUGAUAACGUGCCCUGGUUCUGCACGAUAAACCAAAUGUACUACUCUUCCAUUGCAUGGAGGGUUUAUGACUGGCUGCACCGGAUGUUAAACCCAUGUGUCCCGUUCCUUCUCAUUUUUCUACUCAAUGUUCUGACCAUCAGAUAUAUCCUAAAGGCGAAUGAAGCCCGCAAGAGGCUCCGGGCCCAGAGCAAUGGAGACAGACAGAAUGACACGGAGAUGGAGAACAGGAGAAAGUCUAUAAUUUUACUCAUGGCGAUAUCGGGUAGUUUUCUCCUGUUGCGAUUGACGUAUGUCGUGAAUUUUCUAUUUGUGCAAUUGACCAGCAAUAACUAUGCCAGCGGCUCCAAUUCCGCUGAUCCAAAGUUUAUCCUACAGGAAAGCGGAUACAUGCUGGAGCUUCUCGGUUCUUGCACCAACUCGUGCAUUUACGCGGGGACGCAGACUAAGUUCAGAAGAUAG